AUCUUCUGGCCAGAAAUACCAUAAGUCUAGGUCAGGAUCCAGUUUAGGUGAGUCAUCAAGCUGUAGACAACAUGGUUCUACUUCAGGUCAGUCCUCUGGCUUUGGACAACAAAGGUCUGGAUCAGGUCAAUCUAGCUAUAGCCAACACAGAUCAGGCUCAGGACAGUCUUCUAGCUAUAGCCAACAUGGAUCUAGAUCAGGUCAGUCUUCCAGCCAUAGCCAACAUGAGUCUGGCUCAGGUCAAUCAUCUAGCCAUGAACAACAUAAUUCUACUUCAGGACAGUCAUCAAGCUAUAACCAACACGGACCUAGUUCAGGUCAGUCUUCUAGCUAUGGUCAACAUGGAACUGGCUCAAGGCAGUCAUCUAGCUAUCACCAACAUAGGUCUGGAUCAGGCCAAUCUUUUAGCCACAGCCGACAUGGGUCUGGAUCAAGUCAAUCUUCCAGCCAUAGCCGACACUGGUCUGGCUCAAGUCAGUCUUCUAGCCACAGCCAACAAGGGUCUGGCUCAGGUCAGUCUUCUAGCUAUAGCCAACGUAGGUCUGGAUCAGGCCAGUCUUCUAGCCACAGCCAACAUGGGUCUGGCUCAGGUCAGUCUUCUGGCUGUGGCCGACAUCGGUCUGGCUCAAGUCAGUCUUCUAGCCACAGCCAACAAGGGUCUGGCUCAGGUCAAUCCUCUAACUAUGGACAACAUGGUUCUACAUCAGGACAGUCAUCAAGCUGCAGCCAGUAUGGAUCUAGCUCGGGUCAGUCUUCCAGCUAUGGCCAACAUAGGUCUGGAUCAAGCCAGUCUUCUAGCCACAGCCAACAUAGAUCUGGCUCUGGCCAGUCCUCUAGACAUGGCCAGCAUGGGUCUGGAUCAGGUCAGUCUUCUGUCUUUGGACAGCAUGAGGCUGGAUAUGGUCAAUCCUCUAGUUAUGGACAACAUGGUUCUGCUUCAAGACAGUCAUCAAGCUGUGGUCAAUAUGCAUCUGGAUCAGGUCAAUCUUCUAGCUAUAGUCAACGUAGAUCUGGAUCAGGACAAUCUUCUAGCUAUGGCCAACAUAGGUCUGGCUCAGCGCAAUCUUCUAGCCAUAGCCGACGUGGGUCUGGCUCAGGUCAGUGUUCUAGCUCUGAACAAUAUGGGUCUGCCUCAUGUCACUCACCUAGCUCUGGGCAAUGUGUUUCUGGAUCUGGUCAGUAUUCUGGCACUGAACAGUAUGGGUCUGGUCCAUGUCACUCAUCUAGCUCCAGACAAUGUGGUUCUGGAUCUGGUCAGUAUUCUAGCUGUGAGCAACAUGAAUUACAAGGGAGAUGUAGUUCAAGUUCAAGUGGAACUCAUGAUGAGUAUAGUAGACCCAAAAUAGGCUCAACACCCAAUCAAUCAAGAAGAAACAGCCAAGAAUGGUCAGGGUACAGCCAAAAAGAAAGAAGUAGGAGUUACAGCC